AUGUACAAGAAGCCUUCGGACAUAGGAUCGCAGGAAGCAAUUAUGUCAGGGUAUGGAGGAGAAACUGUUGGGGCAGUGCUGAAGGUGGAGCAUGUGCAUCACAUCAUGGGUCUGGUAUAUCUGGCAACUCACUGGGCCAUUAGUAUUUUUUUAGCUUGCUUAUACUGUGUAGUGGUUGGUGCAGCAGGCAGAUUAUAUGAUUUUGAUCUGUACUGGGAGCACAGUGGAAGAGCUUUUGUCAGAAGUGAUAAGCCAAAACUCUUCAGGGGCCUGCAAAUCAAGUAUGUGCGUGGUUCUGACCCUGUACUAAAGCUGCUGGACGACAGUGGGAACAUUGCAGAAGAACUGAGCAUCCUCAAGUGGAAUACAGAUAGCGUGGAAGAAUUUCUAAGUGAAAAAUUAGAACGUCUAUAAAUCAUUGCUUUCAGUCCUCUCUCCAUUUAAUGUUUUGUCAUGGUAAUCUUCUCGGAUGUAGUGUGCUACAACUGAAAAAACAUUCCAGCUUCUGUAUGAAUUUGAAAAUAUCUGUUGUGCUGCACUAAACAUCUUGUAAUUAGAAGGGGAAGCUUCAGCACACAUAUCUAACAAGUUGACAAACAGAAUAACUUGUCUUAAUAUAUUUCAGCUCUUACAUUUAUCACUAACAAAAUGCUUUGUUUCAAAGUUAAUUAUGCAAAUAUCAGUUUGUUAUAGUUGGACCUGUUUUUACAAAUGCUCUUAAAACUGAAGAGCUUCCGAUAAUUGAAAUGAUUACCAUGCUUUUUGUCUGCUGCUGUCUGUAAAAGUCAGAACCAAAUGCAAUGUACUAUCUCCCAAAGAAACUUGACUGCUAAUGCCCUCUUCUUUUUUGUAUUUGAACUGUCCUUUUUAUAGAAGCAUUGUUUACAGUGAGUACCUAGUUCACGGGUUUUUAAGCUGAUGGAGGAACUCAUGCUCUGGUACUGUGAAACAUUUAUUAAGUACACUUUAGUGAAGACUACAUAGAAAACCUCCAAGGUAUAUGGAAGUCAGAUGUCAGGUGUGCUUUACGUUAAGUGUUUUACUUCAGAAGACAUGAGAUGUAAGUCUUGAAAACCUUUCCUUCUAACUUUCACAAGUUUAUUGGAAGUCUGUUUAUCAAAGGAAUUUAUAAACUGUUCUUUUAAAAUGUGUAUUUUUCUUUCUCAGUUGAAAUUUAUGUCAACAGUUAAUAUAGACAGUAUGUAUGGUAAUGAGUCAAAUCCAUUAUGACUUGUCAGAUUUUUUCCACUUAGUGUGAAUAAAUAUGGUAAGCAAGAAUAA